GCAGCCGCCGGACCCCUACGCGCACCGCCCUCCGCAACUGGCCACCGUGAGCCUCCGCGGACACGCACUUCCUGCGAGGCCUCCGUGCGCACCUUAGCUGAACCGAGCCGAACCCAGCACUUCCAAGUCGUUAGCCAUGGUGGACGAGCUGGUGCUGCUCCUGCACGCGCUCCUGAUGCGGCACCGCGCCCUGAGCAUCGAGAACAGCCAGCUCAUGGAACAGCUACGGCUGCUGGUGUGCGAGAGGGCCACCCUGCUGCGCCAGGUACGUCCGCCGAGCUGCCCGGUGCCCUUCCCCGAAACGUUUAGCGGCGAGAGCUCCCGGCUCCCUGAGUUUAUCGUGCAGACGGCGUCUUACAUGCUGGUCAACGAGAACCGAUUCUGCAACGACGCCAUGAAGGUGGCAUUCCUAAUCAGCCUGCUUACCGGGGAAGCCGAGGAGUGGGUGGUGCCCUACAUUGAGAUGGAUAGCCCCAUCCUAGGUGAUUACCGGGCCUUCCUGGAUGAGAUGAAACAGUGUUUUGGCUGGGAUGACGACGAAGAAGAUGACGACGACGACGACGAAGAAGAAGAUGAUUACUAGGCCGGGAGACCCUCGGGCCCAGAAGGGGGAGGGCCCUGCACGCAGCCAUCCUCUUCCCCCCCCUCCCCUGCCCGGCCCGGCUGGGAGCCGCCAAGCUCCCUUUCGUCCCCGGAUCCCCUUCCCUACCCUUAACCCUCCGGUUCUCUAUCAUCCCCCCGUAGUGCUUGCCUUUGUUCCAGGAAUAGUGCUUCAGUUACCUGCUGCUGGGGCCUCGCUCUGAAGCGCGCCGCCACCCACUCUGGCCAGCCCCAGCACCCUCCCCUGCUAAUUUGGACUGUGUCCUGAGCCCCAGCUAUAGGGCAGGCCCCUGUUACAAACUGGUCAGACUACGCACAGCUCAGCCCUGCCGACUGCAAGGCCUCCGUCUGCCCAGAAACCUACGCCGCCACUUCACCACCAUCCACCACAUUCCAGUGACAGACCGCAGCCUUUGAAAAUAAGGACCAACCUAGAAGAUGCCUGAGUUGGCUGCAUCUCCUCCUCGGACAUUAAUUUGGACAGCUCACCAACCCCCAAGGGGCCAGUCUUUCAACCUGGUUAGUUCCCAACCUACUCCCAGAGUCCUCCCCUUCCCCACCAAAUUGCUGCAGGGGCCUAGUGUGCCCAGCAGCCAAAUUGUUGACAUUUCUUUUCUCCUCUGCACCAGUUUUGCACAGCUGUCCUUUUACUUUCAAAACUGCAGCAGUCCCAACAGAUGUGUGCAUUUGGACAAACAUACUAAAAACAAAACAAAACAAACAAAAAUAGGCACUCAGCCCAGCUUCUCAGUACCACCUGGAAAAAGCAUUUACGUUCUUUUCAAUAAAUAUCAAGCACUACAAAAAAAAAAAAGAAGAAGAAGAAAGGAGUGUCUUUUAAUGGUUAAGUGCUAUCAUUGGCCUCUA